CUGGAUCUUGUACUCUAUAUGGUGCUAAUGUAAUAUUGGGUGGAGAAGCAGGAAUUCUAUUCCUUGGUUGUUGUAACUUACAGAUUCAUCACAUGCACUAGCUACUCGUGUCACUUGUGACACUGCAUCUUCUAGUCCCUGAACAAUGACAGUCUCUAAAGGCACUGCCUCUUGACUAUCAGAGGCGGACACUAACAGGGGAGAAGAUAUUUCCUCCCCUUUUGCUUUGCUCAACUCCUCCUUUACAUCACUAGCUGCCUUUUCUAGGGCACUCAGCUCCACCUCCUGUGGUGCCACCCUGGGAAUUCCUUUUCCUAUCUUCAAACUGCCGGUAUCUUCUGUACUGCUAACUUCCUCUUCUGACUCUCCCCGUGGCUCUUCAGACUCAAUCUCCAACUCCGCUCCUAAAGGAUAUUGAGGUUGAGCUUCCUGGUUCAGACACUGCUGCCCCCAUUGUGAUCUGAGAGCCCAGGCUGAGCAGCUGCUGCUCCCCCAGCGGGAUCGGGGCUGGGGAGUGACCAUGAGUAAAGCUUCCUCUGCGUCCAGCCAAGAGUCAAGAACAUCUGUCUGCGAGGAAAGAGUCGGGGGGAAUUGUCAUGUGACGUUACUGUCCUGUUUUGACAAGUCCCCUUUUUGCCCUGACAGGCUGCAGCGUUACAUACCAUACUUCCAGGGACCAGGGAAGGGAAAUGGCUGCCGUGGAGCCAGUUCUGGGUUUCCAGUUUCCAAACCCGAUGUCAUCUCCCAGCUGGAACGAGGGGAAGAGCCGUGGGCCCCAGCUCUCCAGGGCUCAGAGGAAAGCGAGAUCCUGCUAGGCAGCUGCAUGGCAGGUGAGGGGAUGGUGAGCGAGACCAUGGAGCAGAAUCCUCAGCAGGAAGAGGAGCAAGUGGAAGCGCAUGGGGCAUUGUUGCAAAGAUGCAAAGGGAGUGUGUCCAGGAGUUGUGAGCAGGGAAAAGGCUCUCAGGGGCAGCACAGGCCAGAGAAGUGGCAGGGAAACCAGCCAGCGCAGAAAGUUGGAAUAUCUGUUAAUUAUCGGGGAACUCACAAAGGCCUCAAGGAAACCAUGGUGCAGCAGAGAAUCCUGAUGGGAGAGAGAAAUAACACGGGCUUUGAGUGUGGGAAAAAGUUCAGGAGGCGCUCACACCAUCAGAGAAUCCACACCCGAGUGAGACCCCAUGAAUGCCGCGAGUGUGGGAAAACCUUCGCUUGGAGCUCAACCCUUAUUGCACAUCAGAGGAUCCACACCGGAGAGAAACCCUAUAAAUGCCGUGAGUGCAGGAAAACCUUCGCUCGGAGCUCACACCUUAUUGCACAUCAGAGGAUCCACACAGGAGAGAAACCCUAUAAAUGCUGUGAGUGUGGGAAAACCUUCGCUUGGAGCUCAACCCUUAUUGCACAUCAGAGGAUCCACACCGGAGAGAAACCCUAUAAAUGCCGUGAGUGCAGGAAAACCUUCGCUCGGAGCUCACACCUUAUUGCACAUCAGAGGAGCCACACAGGAGAGAAACCCUAUAAAUGCCGUGAGUGCGAGAAAACCUUCGCUCAGAGCUCACACCUUACUGCACAUCAGAGGAUCCACACAGGAGAGAAACCCUAUAAAUGCUGUGAGUGUGGGAAAACCUUCCAUCACAACUCUUCUCUUAUUUAUCACCAGAGAAGCUGCAAGGGAGAUAAACACCAUGAAAAUCUUGUCUAGGGUCUCAGAAAAGAUUGUUUUUUCCUUUUGCUAAUUCCCAGGUAGUGAACUUUAAGGCAGCAUUUGUGGCAUCUCAGCUCCUUCAGGUGAGUUGUCUGCUUUUCUCUUUUGCAGCUCACCUUUCCUUGGAGUGAAGCCCACAGUGUUUUUCAUCAACUCCUUUGUUCUGUGUCAUGGAAGUGUGUGUCCCUCCAAGAGGAAUGUCCGUCAGCCCCAGGUGGGGGAACGAGGAGUGACCUUUACUCGGUACAUGGAGGUUAAAUCUACCUGGGCCUUGACUCCACUAGGGUUUUCCAUGGAGUUAGCUAGAUUGAGUUAGCGAUCCUGAUAUAAAAACACAACUAUUUUUUUCAAUAAAGAAAAUAGCCCAUAGAGCUGCCAGGGUAAUGUAGCAAAUUUCCUCACCACCGGAUAUAACCUCCAUCAUUUUUCCUAGUCUAACCAAAUUUGGAGCAUCAUGUUUAUACUUUUCCUUCCACUGCACAGUGAUUGUUAGUCACCAGGACAGAUUGCCUCAUUCCCAGUUGUUCCCACGUUGCACUGGGUUCUGCUGAAUAGCAGUUGGGUUUUGUACCAUUUUUCUCCUAAGAACAUAAGAAUGGCCGUACUGGGUCAGACCAAAGGUCCAUCCAGCCCAGUAUCCUGUCUGCUGACAGUGGCCAAUGCCAGGUGCCUCAGAGGGAGUGAACCUAACAGGCAAUGAUCAAGUG